AAAGGAAGUCCACAUUCGAAGAAGACCAAACGCCAGACACCAGUUUUUUCUCAAAGAUAUUCCUUCUCUCUCUUCCCUCUCUCUCUGCGCCUCUCCACCCCAAGAUCUAGCUGUGCUAACUCUCUCUCUCACUCUCUGUGUUUGCGCAUUGAUAGAUACUCUUACCUAGUUCAUUUCCCUCGUAGCAUUGUUGCAAAGACACUAGUCAUCAUCGCCACCUGUCCCUUUGAUUGCUGCAACUUUUGAGGAAAACUCCCAAUUACAGCUGUUUUUUCAUUUUCAUUUACGCUUCUUCCAAGAAUCUAUUUACCACGGGCUCGAGAGCUGAAACUCAUCAAUAUUUCUUUUUAAAAAUAAAUCCUCCUGGUGUUCUGUAUUUUUUAACAGUUUUCUUGAAUCCCAUUUCUCUAGCGGAUUUGGGGGUUCAAAAUUUCCGUUGAAAAGUUAUCGUGGGUUUCCUUCUGAAUUGGUUAUUAUUGUUUUUAGAGCUCUUGGGUUGUGAUCUGAUAAAAGUAAAGUUUUUUGGUUGAAAAUCAACUUCUUUAGAUCCUUUUGGUAAUUUUCUCUGUUAUUGAUAGCUAAGAUUUGUCGGUUUCAUGCUCCUAUCUGUGAAAUAUGCAGCCUGAUCAGCGUAAAAAGGCAUCUGGAGAUGUAGAUUUCUUCACAGAAUAUGGUGAGGGGAGCAGAUAUAGAAUUGAAGAAGUAAUUGGAAAAGGUAGCUAUGGUGUUGUCUGUUCUGCAUAUGACACACGUCUUGGUGAGAAGGUUGCUAUCAAAAAGAUAAAUGAUAUCUUCGAACAUGUCUCUGAUGCUACACGUAUCCUUCGGGAGAUUAAGCUUCUUAGACUUCUUCGGCAUCCAGACAUUGUGGAGAUAAAGCAUAUCUUGUUACCACCUUCAAGAAGGGAAUUCAAGGACAUAUAUGUAGUUUUUGAACUUAUGGAAUCUGAUCUUCAUCAAGUCAUUAAAGCAAAUGAUGAUUUGACUCCAGAACAUUAUCAGUUCUUCCUUUAUCAGCUUCUCAGAGGAUUAAAGUACAUACACACAGCUAAUGUCUUUCACCGAGACCUAAAACCAAAAAAUAUAUUAGCAAAUGCUGACUGCAAGCUCAAGAUCUGUGACUUUGGUCUUGCAAGAGUGGCCUUCAAUGACACACCAACGGCUAUAUUUUGGACAGAUUAUGUCGCAACAAGAUGGUACAGGGCUCCUGAAUUGUGUGGAUCAUUUUUUUCUAAGUACACACCAGCUAUCGAUAUAUGGAGUAUUGGCUGCAUCUUUGCUGAGCUAUUAACUGGAAAGCCUCUUUUUCCUGGGAAGAACGUAGUUCACCAAUUGGAUCUAAUGACUGAUUUGUUGGGAACACCUUCUGCUGAAGCUAUUGCUAGGAUAAGAAAUGAAAAGGCGAGAAGGUACUUGAGCAGUAUGCGUAGAAAAAAGCCUAUACCUUUCUCCCAUAAGUUUCCAAACGCAGAUCCCCUUGCCCUCCGUUUGCUGGAAAGGAUGCUUGCUUUUGAUCCUAAAGAUAGACCUACUGCAGAAGAGGCACUUGCAGACCCGUAUUUCAGGAACUUGGCUAGAGUUGAAAGAGAGCCUUCCGCUCAGCCAGUUACAAAAAUGGAAUUUGAAUUUGAAAGGCGAAGGAUAACAAAAGAGGAUGUAAGAGAGCUAAUAUACCGAGAGAUUCUUGAGUACCAUCCAAAGAUGUUGAAGGAGUACAUAGAGGGGACAGAACCGACAAGUUUCAUGUAUCCUAGUGCAGUUGACAAAUUUAAGAAACAGUUUGCAUAUCUUGAAGAGCACUAUGGAAAAGGUGGAGUGGUUGCUCCUCCCGAGAGACAACAAGCGUCAUCCCUACCCAGGCCAUCUGUGUUAUAUUCAGACAAUUCAGUGCAAAAUCCGGCAGAAGUUGCAAAUGAUCUAUCUAAAUGUUCUAUCAAAGAAGGUGAUAAGUCAAUAAUGGACAGGAAUUCUGGGAUUCCUAUGUCAAGGCUUCCUCUCCAAGUACCUCAAGGUGAUGCUGCUAGGCCUGGUAGGAUUGUCAGUUCUGUGAUGCGCUAUAACGGUGGAUCAGCAGUGACAGCAAGCGAGGCGAUUGAACAGCGAAGAACGCUCAGGAACCCUACUACUAUGCCUCAGUACGCUAUUUCUAACCCUUCGUAUUCCAGGAGACACCCGAGCUGUAAAAACGAAAGGGGAGAAGAUGGCAAUGAAGGAUCCAACACCGUGCCUAAACCCGAUCAGUACAUGGCUAGGAAAGUAGCUGCAGCCCCCGGUGGAUCUGGAAACCAAUGGUAUUGAACGAUUCACAAAAAUACCCAGACUUUUUGCUUACUAUAUUAGCAUUCAAAGAACGAUUCACAAAAAUACCCAGACUUUUUGCUUCCCUGGCGGGCUUGUGAAUGAGUACAGGCAGCACUGAGUAUCAGAAUUUGGCGUUUGGGGACGAUUGGCUUCACGCGAACUCUCAUCCACAAACCGUUUUACGAGUGGAAGGGCACGGAGAAGACAUCGAUGCUGGGAACUUGGUAAGAGUUUCGAGGUUACAUUAAUUUACUUACAUUUCGAUUUUUACCCAUACCUGAAUCUGCAAAGCUGGUGUAAGCACUAACUCUGUAGUUUUGUUUCCACUGAAAACCGGACAUUCUUACCGCCAUGUUUCUUCCUAGUUCCUACGAAUAAGCGCAUGAUUGCAUCCGAUGAUAAUGCAGAACAUUGUUGCCAUAAAACUUCAAAAUCUUGUACCUGUAACUUUCAUGUGUUCCCAAUACUGUCUAAUAUAUUAUUAUAAUUAUUAUGCAAGUCUUGAGGACAUCAUGACAAUUUCAACCAA